AUGGGAAGAUUUGAUGGGAUGAACGAAAGCAAUCAAAGUUCAUCUUUACCAACAUGUUAUGGUAAUCUGCCACCAACAACCCAUAGUUCAAGUCAAACUUCACCUCAUAUUAUUUUUCAAAAUGUACGACAAGAACAACCAUCCACAUCAAACGCAGUUUUCAAUCCAAUAUUUGAACAUACAUCAGAUGGGUCUUCUCUAGAAUCAUCAUACCUAGGUUAG